AUGUCGACCUUGCUCAUGGGGACGCUGGCUGCCGGCGCAGGAGAAAUGAUCCUGCCCCACCCCAAAGAUAACCAGAGGGAAUCCGGGCUCCAUCCGCCUGUGGCUGAGGAUGACGCCAUGGCUGCCCUGAGGUGGCCCAGGCCCUCCCAGCAGCCAGGUGACCUGCAGGGAGCUCCCCACGUGGCCUGGUCCGACCACACUGAGCAGCUAGGCGCCCGGGGGAAGGCCCACAGCCACCCGGUGUGGUCGGAAGGCGAGGAGGCCAAGGAUGGGGACAGCUCAGUGUCAUCAGGCCGCCUCUCUGGCUCCUCUGGGGGCCACGAGUCCUGCACAUCUCCCCCCGGGCCCUGGAAGGAGAGGCCCCCCCAGGUGCUGGGGCCCCGGCGGCAGCCCAGAGAGAGCAACCCGCGGCUGGAGCAGCUGCGGGACAAGAUCCGAGCCCAGGCCCAGUGGCAGGCCAGCUGCGCCUCCCUGGGCACCUCCGCACCGUCCAGCGCCUCGCGCCUCUACAGAGCCUCCAAGCCAGACCCCCGGAGGAAGGCCAAGAAGCCGAUGAACCCCCCUCCAGCCCCGUGGGAGGCACUCAGGCCUGGGGCCUCCGUCAAAGGCUUAGGUGCCCUGAGUGUGGCUCCGUGUGGAGUGGAAGACAAGGCAAUCCCCGGCCAGGGGUGCGAGCCGUCCGGGGUGCCCCGGCGCCAGGCCUCAGUUCCACGGGAGAAAGCCAGAAGGAUGCAAAGUAGUCCUUGCAAAAGGGAGAAGGCCCCCAGAUCACCCAUCCCCAGAAGAGCCGCCAAAGACAAAGGGCGGAGGAGCCUUGCUGGGGAGCCCAACCCCACUGGUGCCUUUCAAGACCCCAACGUGUCCAGCUGGGCAGUGCCGGCCUCAGCCCUGGCCUUUGACUCUGCCCGGAGCCAGCAGAAUCCUGACCCCUCCCGGCCCGAGCCCUGCAAUUCUGAGUUGGUUGGUGUUUACGCCUGGAGGAAAGGACCAGCCCUGGUGAGGGCCCUGCUUGGGCCCCCUCCCGCCCUCCCCGGGCUCCAGAGCAAGGCUCCCUCAAGAGACCAGGCCCCUACCGCGGAAUUAGGAGAUAGCAAGAGAGUUGGAGCUGCCGAGAGCGCCCCUGUCUGCCCCCGGAUGCCCAGGCCAGCCUCCCUCCGAGGUGACCUGCAGCUGUCUGCCAACGCACCCAACCUGGCUUCCUGCGAUCAGCCCAUGACCAUCCAAAACGCUAUGGCCGUCCUUAGAGACCUCCGCCAGCAAAUCCAGGCCGGGCUGGAGCUGGCCCGGCACCGCCACUCCAGGGGAGGGCCAGAGCUGGGGCGGUCAAAGCUGUGGCUGCAGGACCCGGCGGGGAGGAGGCAGUGGGGCCCCUGGAGCACCCCAGACGUGCGGGGCUCCUUCUCCAAGAGUCCUCAAGCAGGGAUGGAGGGGAGGCGCUCCUCCUUAGAGAGGCCUGGCAGCUUCCCCACUGGGCAUCGCUGGAGCACCCCGGCUGGGUGGGAGUCCUAUCCCCAGCAGACCGGAGCGGCCCCAGGACGGAACCCCUCCUUCCAGAGGCCCGGGAGCCCCCCUGAGAGGCUGACCUCCCUGCCGCAGCGGCCCUGGAGCGCCUCGGCCGGGCAGGCCUCCAGGCCCCCGCGGACCUGGGCCACUCAUGAAGACUGGGAGAGCCCCGCCCGAAGACCCUGGAGCCCUUCUGGCCAGCGGUCCCGGAGCGCCUCCUUCACGCAGGGCGCUAGCACCCCGUGCAAGGACAGAGGCCCCCUCCUGCCGCCCUCCGGAGUGGAGCACAGCUGGCUGAGGCCCACCGGGGGUGCCCCGGGGAAGGAGGAGUGGGUGCCACCACCCUGCCCGAAGCCCCGGGGGGCCCUGGGCCACCGCUACGGCACCGAGGCGCUGCGGGAGUUCAUGCGCCAGAAGACGUUGGCGCGGCGGCGGCAGGCCCUGGAGGAGAAGGCCUCGGCUGUGCGGGCGCUCGAGCUGAAGAACCAGAGGCUGCAGGAAGUCUACAGGAAGCAGCGGGAGGCCAUCCUGGGCAAAGCCGUCCCUGUGGUCUCCCAGACGAACCCUGGCAUUGUGACCUUUUUCCCGCAUUGUGCGCCGUCCAGGGGCCUGGAAGCUCCCGGGAGCCUGGGGUCGCCUGUAUUGGAGUGGAGCAAGGUGACCUCCGGCAUGGUGCUGGGGGACCAGGAGGCCCCGGGCAGCUUCUGCCUGUGUUUGAACAGAGCCUUGAAUCGCACUGAGACUCUAGAGAUGGACGGCCCCCAGGACGGCUGGGAUGGUGCUCCCAUGCGGAAGCUCCAGGACCCGACCAGCCGCCCCCCGCGCCCAGGCGUGUGCAUCUACCUGGACCCCGAGGAGAGCGAGCACCUGGGCACACUGGGGCCCCUGCACUUCCGCCACAAGGAGGCCCGGCUACAGGCACUGGAGACCAUGGCCAACGUCCUGAAGCAACGGAUUGACAUCCUCACAGCCAAGCUGCACAGGUCGGAGGCACCGGACACUCUCGGGGACCCGGUCUCGGACCUGUCGCUCUCACGCCCCAGCUCCAUGCCCAUAGCCCCGGUCUGCUCUGGAGGCCUGGUGCCCAACAGGAGCAGAGGGGCCCCCUGGGACUGGGCAGACAUGCCGGCCAGGACACUGGUCUCUCCUACCUGCUUCCUGGAUGGCGGGACUCUGCCGUGGAGCCCCGACUGGGAGCGGCGACAGAGCGUCAGCCCAAGAGGCCACUACGACAGCAAGCCCGGAGGUUUCAUUGAGGACGGGCGUUUGGAGCUGGAUAACAGGCUGGCAAGAAACACGGCUUCCUUCCAGGCCCUCGGCCCCUUUAUCGGGCGCUCAGUCGGGGUGCCGGCCAUGUUGGACCCCACCUGCGGCUCCCUGCAGCUGGAGGAGAUGCCGUCGGCCAGAGGGGCGGCGGGCUUGGUCACGCCCUGGACCGCGCGAGGUUGCGGUCAGCGCUCCGGGCACCUUGCCAACGUCCCCCGGAAGUCCCCGAGCUUUCUCAAGUCCCUGCAGCUGGACCAGGAGAAGCAGAAACGGGUGCUGACCCUUCUGCGGCAGCAGGCAGAGCUGGAGGUCUGGGAGACGCAGAAGGCCCUGGACCAGCUGCUCUUCAAACACCAACUGGAGCAUCUUAUGGAGAAACCCUCCACCCAGGCCAGGCCAGAACCGGCUUCAGCUUCGGAGCGGCCACGGGUGUGUGGAGUCCUGGAGCCGACAACCUCUCCGGACACCGCGACCACCAGACCCAGAUCACAGCCAGCCCUGGGCAGAGACGCUGCCACACCCUCCCAGGGUGCCCAGGAAGGACAGCAGAGUCAGGAGGACAAGUCAGCUUCUGCAGAGCCCCAGCAGGAAGUGGGACCAGACCAAGCUCCCUCCCAGCUGCCCCUGGCCAGGCUCUACCCUCGGGUCAACCCCACCCACCAGAUGCUGGAGCUGAGCCUGCGGGAGGAGGAGCUGCGCGCGCAGCACCAGACUGCGCUGCUGCGCCUGCGCGAGAAAGCGCUGGAGGAGAAGAUGUGCGCCGAGCUGGCCUGGUUGGAGCAGCAGCGAGCGUGUCUGGGCAGCAAGGGGAGCCCCACGGUGCCGGUAGCCUUGGUGGAGAGGCAGCUGCAGGCCCUCAGCAGCCUUGAGCAGGAGCAGAGAGAAAUCCGAUGCCUGCGGAACACUCACCUGUUCUCCCACAAGGAGAGGAAGCUGCUCCUACAGCAUCAGAGGGACAUCCUCUGCCUGCAGACGGCCCUGGCGCACCUGCAGCAGGAGCUCGAGGCCCGAACCAGGCCGCCUCAGAGGUCUGGCCCCGAAGUCAAGCCUGCUCAGACGGAGGGGCCGGCACAGGGCUCCUCGUGCCCCUCGACACCACAUGGGCCUGGCAGCCCCACCGGCCCCAACCUCUGGAGAAGCCCUGAGAGCCCAGGCGCCCAACAGCAGGAGGACGGGACCCCACCCCAGGCCACUUCAGCCACAGAUAGUCCCCGGCUGCUUCCAAGGCCGGUGUGUGGAGAGGACACGCCUGUGGCCCGCAGCUGGCCUGACGCUGGGGGCCGGCUGGCGGAGAGCCAGAGCCCCGUGAGCCAAGGAGACCCCCAGCCCAACCCCCAGCCCUUGUCCUCGGAGGAGAAGACCCGGCCUCUGAUGGAAAGCCGUGCACAGAAACUCCAGGACUGGCACUCCCUGGGCAGAGGGGGUCCCUGCAGCCCCCAGGAAGCCAGCCAGGUGGCUGAAGGCAGCAUGAGCCCAGCAGGGUCGGAAUUGGGGCUGGAUUUUGCCAACAGCCCCAGGGAAGAGGUCCAGCAGAUGGAAAGCUGGCUGUCAGGGGAACAGAGGUCUCCUGCGCCACCCAGCCCACGUGCGGGCAGCCCCCUGGAGCUGGGCCCCGAGUCUGAGUCUGAGUCCGCUCCCCGGAGCUGCUCGGGGUCCCGUGCCUCCUCCUCUGUGAGCGGGCCGUCCUGCCGCUCUCUUCAGGAGUUUCAGAAGGUGUCCGCCACUCUGGUGCAGCUUUCCCUGUCAGACUGGGAAGCUGGGGACCCUCCCGACGCUCCCGACGCAGACCCUGGGUGGUCUGGGGAGUUCUCUCCUCAGGACUCCUGGGGGCUCCACCGCGGCGGGGGGCAGGUGGCCCGGGAGAGGGUGGAGGGCAGCGGGGCCGGUCCCCGGUGCGGCUCCCCUGUGGACGCAGGAGGCCCAGAGCCAGGCGGAGGCCCCCAGCAGGCAGGCUGGCUGCUGCCUCUCCCAGAUGCCCCCUCUUCAAGGUCAGGGUCAGAGCUGUCAGAGGCGUCCAGCGAGCUCUGGGACGAGGAGAACCUGCUGGAGCCAGGCACUGGUGCUGAGCCAGCCUCGGGGCGCUCCUCCCCUGCGGGAGGCUCAUCCCACCUGGAAAGUGGCGGGGCGCCCUGCUCUGCACCUCCUUCCUUGGGCCUUGGGGAGGGGCAGGAAGCUUCUGGAACCAGUGGGAGCCUGAUCAGUGGAUUAAAUACAGGAAGAGCCAAACAGGUGUCACGGGAGGCUGCCUGCAUGGCACUCCCAUCCAAAUCUUCCUCCAGUGACUUAGACCUGCCCCUUUCCUCUCCCUCGGGGUCCUUGGCAUCCGAAGCGGUGGAUUUUGGUGAAGGAGGAGACACUGGGCCUCUGCAGGCCUCAGAUGGCUGCCCACAGGGGCCCGGGGACGCUGACCUGAGACUCUCCAAUGACGGGAAACCCCAACAGGCCUGGUCUGAGCCUGAAGUCCCCGUGAACCUGCGGGCUCCUCCUAGGGACGCUGGCGGUCUGGUAGCCCGGACACCCGAGGGCUGGGCACCUGGGUGUAGGGGGAGGGGAGACUCCCCUGACUCCCCUGCCCCAGAGGAAGCCUGCUCCACCCUGGCCAGUGGGGUCUUGCCUGAGAUCCUGUCCCCCGUGGACGACAUGCUGUCCUACGGCAGUGCCGACCUUCCAUCCUCCACCCACAGGGACGCCAGCUUCCCUCCUCUGCCUCCUACCCUCCCAGCAGAGAGGGAGGCCAACGCCACCAGCCUCCACUCAGAAGACUUCCCUCCCCCACCUGAAGAUGCCCUGUCUCCUGGGGGCUCGCUGGGCUCCCCCAGGGAGGACGCCUCCAUCAAAACUGGGGAGUUGCCCUCCUUGUCUGAGGAGGGCCUGCCUGAGCCGCUGUCCCCGGGGCCCCAGGAAUCAGGGCUCUGCCUGGAGGGCGACCCGGCUCCUGCUUUGGGCGCAGGCCGCUGGGUGGACGCACCCGGCAUGGGGAGAGCUGAGGUGGUGGAUUUGGUCUCCAGCCAGCUCACCAGAAGGAUCCUGUGCGACUCGCUGGCUGUGCUCUUGGAGAUGGCCCAGCCGGCGGCCCGCUAA